CAGUCACAUGAUGACGCCGGAGUCAUGUGACGUUCCUUCAGACGCUGCAGCAACAAAUCCAAAAUCUUUAGCUGUUGUUCUGCUUUUGGUGAACAGAACUCAUCGCACCUACAGUUACUGUUAAAUAUACAGUCCAGCGGUCAACAGAGUCGUUGCAUAUGGAGGUAGAGGGGAUGGAAGAUGAAGGACCUUCGUCCCAGGGUGAACUUCCACACAGUGAAGGUCUCCAGUUGCCGCAGCAGGAAUCCCUGCAUCUGGAGAGCUCAGCCCCUGCAGAGAAUGUGUUUGUGGAUAAGAAAGCGGUGGACAAACUCACAGAGGGAUUAUUUUCUCACUACCUACCAGAUCUACAGAACUCUAAACGAGCACUCCAAGAGCUCACACAAAAUCAGCUGAUAUUGUUAGACACACUGGACCAAGAAGUCACCAAGUUCAGAGAAUGUAAUGCCUUACUGGAGCUCAAUUCACUGUUUACAGAGGCGAAGGUUUACCACAAUAAACUGGUCAACAUAAGGAAAGAGAUGAUUAUGCUCCAUGAAAAGACAACUAAACUAAAGAAAAGAGCUUUGAAGCUGCAGCAACAGAAGCAGAAGGAGGCUCUGGAGAAGGAGCAACAACGUGAGAAGGAGCUGGAGAGAGAAAGGCAGCUUAUUGCCAAGCCGGCUAAAAGAAUGUAGGAUCCCCAAGUAUGUCCGCUCUAUUAACGGACCAUACAGGUGGUUUGCAUGUUUUAGCCUAUUUAUUACAUAUCAACUAUACAUUACAUUACUACUGACCAUUUUCCAAAGUGCAAGUAUUUUAGAUAUUUUUUUAGAAUUUUUGCCUUUAUUUGACGCAAUACAGUAGAGAAUCAGACAGGCAAAGUGAUCGCAUGCAUCUUAGACCACUAGGGCCCCCGACGCUCCAGCAUUUAUAGAUCCUUGAAUGCGAUUCCCUGCCAUCCAGGCAGACAUUGUUCCCACUCAUUUUGGUAUUGUAUUAAAAUCUACUUGAAAUGUGCUUGAAACAUAUAAUCCAUCGCGCUGAAUAGUAACGUCUACUUUUAUUAUUGUCUAUAACUUAAAUUAUUGUUACCUGGUAACGCAGGUGACAAGUGUUCUUUGAAUUAUUGCACAAUACUGCAGUUUAGACAGUAAAAGUAGACAUGAUUUUUACAGUGCUUUAUUGCUCAUCUCAAGCAGGUUUGAUGCCUCAGCAGGUUUUUAAAGUGCAGACCAUUUUAAAUGGAAUUGUGGUGUUCAGGUUUGAACACCUGUCAGCUUCUGAAAUACCUUUUAAAACGUUUAGGGGGGCAACUUCUGCAGUCAGAUGUGCUGGAAGAAAUGGUAUGACGUUGUUAAAAUAGGACUGAGCUUUAAACAUAUUUCUGGUUUGUCUUUGUUUCCAACAGUAUUACAGAAAAGACUGCAAAUGUCUGUUAUUUCAAUUUCUGCUUUUUUUCUGCAGAACAACUGUUGUUUCUUCACUAGUAUGACGACACUCAGCCAUCUUUAGAUCUACACUGCAGUAGGAAACAAAUGAGGAACAAGCUAGAAUUUUUAAAUAUGAAAGUGUGAAAUAGUCUUUAUUGAAAGAAAUGGAAAAAGUGAGUCCAUUCAAAAAUCUUUGAGACUGUAAUAUGCUUUGGAAAAUGGUUCACUGAAUAGACAGUAUAUAUAAUUCUUAGUAAAUGGGCUAAAACUUGCAAAAACUGAUCCUUAAUGUUCCGACAUUGCCAAGAUCACCACAAACCAAAGACAUGGACUAAAUCAUCAAAUGCUGGUACUUCCCACUAUCAACCUCUGAUGACAAACACAAACUCGAGCACUUCCCAGAGAAUGGAACAAAUUACUCAAAGAGACUUUUGCAGCCGUCAGACAAUGACCAGGAGGAGAAUCAAUGCGUUUGCUGUCUUUUGUUAAAGAUAAAGUAUUAAUAUAUGUUGUUGCUGGACUUCAUGCCUUGUUAGUGCUGAAUGUUAGAAAACAGGUAUGUUGUUUAAAAUUAAAUAGGUCUGCACUAAACUUAACUGACUGUAUUUCUGGGGUCCAGAUAAUAUGAUAAUGGAUGAUAAUAUAUGUACCAAACUUUGCCCCCACCAUACACAGCAUCUGUAAAUUUGUUUAACAGGCCUUUCAAGAGGCUUCUAUGCACUACUUACGCCUGGAACUCCACUGUUUGUACAAUUAAUAAUAAAAGCAACACAAACUG